UUCCUGUUUAAUUCGUUUAUUCUAAUGCUUUUUUAGCAGUUCUCUACAACCGAAGUGUCUGUUCUAUGUCUGUAUUUUUUCCCUCAAUGGAUUAUUGAAUAUAUGCCUGCAUGUCACGGCUCCGAUGAUGAAGUUCUUGAUGGGGAAUUUGGAGAAAUCCGGAUGUGGAAUCGGGGAUAAGUUCAUUGAGAAUUCUUCUCAUGGUAGAACUUAAAAUCUGUGUGUACGCUCAUGCUAACUUGAAUCUGAUCUUGGCAAUGAUUUCUGGAGGAGUGUGUGAGGAGAAGAGUGAUGAAAUCAGUGGCUGCUCAUCCUUACUGCUCAGAAGCUGCUGCAAAAGAUGCCAUGGAAGCUGUCUGGGAUGUUUGUUAUAAUGAUACUCAGCCAUUUGAUAGAGCUCCCUGAAGAAUGGUUUAUGCUCUCAUUUCAUCUGCAGAGAACAAAGCCGCCGCCGCUCCUAAUUUAAUGCCGCAGUGCCAAAAAGAGCAACAGAGUCAAACAAACUCAUCUGAUGUGAGUCGUGUAGAGCAGAGCUUAGAGUGGAUCGCCAGAUUUAACAUGAUGCACAGAUGUGCCUUGUUUCUCACGAAACGUGUAUGGCAACUCCGCCCCUUGGAGGAGCCCUUUCAAUCUCCCAAUUUCUCUUAUAUUCUAUUUCUUCUUCUUCUUCUUCCUUCUCCCUUGUAAUUCUCUCCACCUCUUCUUCCCCAUUUUCUCCAUUCUCUCUCUCCCUCUUCUUCCAUGACCCUCGGAAUCGAAGCUCGACUGCGUUCUAGCAAUGGGGGGUGUGUUAUGCCGCCCGAUUCCCAUUUCUCCGAUGAUGGGGUUUCUCGCAAAUCCAAAGUUACCGUCGUUGGAAGUGACAAUUGGGGCAGUGUGGCGGCCAAACUCAUCGCCUCUAAUGCCGCUAGGCUGAGCUCUUUCCAUGAUGAGGUUAGAAUGUGGGUGUAUGAGGAGACUCUGCCUACUGGUGAGAAGUUAACUGAUGUUAUCAACCUCAACAAUGAGAAUGUUAAAUAUCUCCCUGGUAUAAAGCUUGGCAUGAAUGUUAUUGCAGAUCCAGACCUAGAAAAUGCAGUGAAGGAUGCUAAUAUGUUGGUGUUUGUGACUCCCCAUCAAUUUGUGGAGGGGAUAUGCAAGAGAAUGGUUGGAAAGAUGAGGAGAGAUGUAGAAGCUAUUUCCCUCAUCAAAGGAAUGGAGGUGAAGAAGGAUGGUCCAUGCAUGAUUUCUUCCCUCAUCUCCCAGGAAUUGGGUAUCAAUUGUUGUGUUCUUAUGGGGGCGAACAUAGCAAACGAGAUUGCUGUAGAGAAAUUCAGUGAAGCAACAGUGGGCUACAGGGAGAACAUGAGAGAGAGAGCUGAAAAAUGGGUUCAACUUUUCAGCACUUCCUAUUUUGUUGUUACUCCUGUCCAAGAUGUUGAAGGAGUUGAAAUGUGUGGAACCCUUAAGAAUGUUGUGGCAUUAGCAGCAGGUUUUGUUGAUGGUUUGGAGAUGGGAAAUAACACGAAGGCUGCAAUUAUGAGAAUCGGUUUGAGAGAGAUGAGGAUGAUUUCCAAGCUUCUGUUUUCAUCUGUCAAUGACAGUACUUUCUUUGAGAGUUGUGGAGUAGCUGAUCUGAUUACGACGUGCUUGGGAGGAAGAAACAGGAAGGUGGCAGCAGCUUUUGCCAAGAAUGAAGGGAAAAGGUCCUUUGAUGAACUUGAAGCAGAGAUGCUACAGGGCCAAAAAUUGCAGGGUGUUUCCACUGCAAAGGAGAUGUACGAGGUUUUGAAACACCGUGGGUGGCUGGAGCUGUUCCCACUGUUUGCAUCAGUCCACGAGAUCUGUAUCGGACACCUCUCCCCCUCGGCCAUCGUCGAGUAUAGCGAGCGCAAACCCAACUUCUGUGUUAUUGAUGGCCAUGCUCAGUAAUUCAAACAAGAAACUGUGAAAGUGUGUCAAUGUCAGACUGGGAUUUGGUUCAUCUUUAGAAGUACAUGUUCAGAGAUUGCUGAGAUUCUCAAAACUUUGAACUGUUUCAGAUGUUCAAGAGAAUCUCCUAUUUUGUUGGAAGGUGCGAGUGGUUAGUGCUGUGUAACUCAAAGAUCCAAAUCUCCAAGUUCCUUAAAUGGAAAUUGAUGAUACAUAUCAGAUCAAACUUCUUUUAUGAUUCA